AUGCUGCGCAAAACUUUGACAGUUCAUUCUUCGCUACUCUUCGACCCGAAGAAAAAGGCAUUUGUUAAGAAUAUUUCAAUCCAAGUUGACUGCCAAAAUGGCUCCAUUGCCAACGUCUUUCAAAGGAAGUCUGACGAUGAGAUCCAAGAUGAUGACAUUGACCUGAGGGGAAAAGUGGUGAUGCCUGGAUUUGUUGAUAGCCACACUCACAUCUUUCUACAUUCUUACACCGAGCGCUCGUCCACUGAGCAGAUGCGAGAUGAGAGCAUCGUAGAGAGAAUUGUGCGGGCGACAAAUCAUGUUCGAGAAGCUCUGCUCGCAGGCUACACCACCUACCGGGAUCUUGGGACGGAAGCUAUGGAGAACUUUGAUGCAAAUUUUCGCGACUGCAUCAACCGCGGGCUUCUCCCCGGUCCAAGACUCUUCGUCGCGACCCAUGCCUUGGCCAGUACCUCAUCUUACGCGAUCCGGUCCGAGAAUAGACAGAACGGCUUGGUGCUACCGCAGGCUUCGGAUGCCGGAGACGGACCAGACGGGGUUAGAAGGGCGGUUCGACGGCGAGUAGGAGAUGGCGCCGAUAUCAUCAAAUUCUACGCCGACUAUCGACGCAAGAUCAUGAGAUUUCCUCCGUUGCCGUCUCAUGUAAAGGGAGGUAUCGAGUUCCUUCCACCUGUCCCGAACCCAGCUAUUCCGCUGUUCAACCAGGAGGAGAUGAUUGCGAUUGUGGAAGAGGCGAAGCUGUCUGAACUGCCUGUCGCGGCACACGCUGGUUCUUUCAAGGGAGCUAUGAUGGCUGUGAAAGCUGGCGUGACGUCUAUCGAGCACGGCAAUGAAAUCACAGAAGAGCUGUGCCAGGAGAUGGUCAAGCGCGGAUGCAUAUUCGUUCCUACCCUAGCCGUCUUCGAGGCUGAAGCAAAAUCUAUACUUCCUGAAUUCCUCACGCGCUGCAAAAAGGCUCACGAUCUAGGCGUCAGAUUGGCCGCUGGCGGCGACACUGGAGCUUUCCCUCAUGGUGAGAGUGCUCGAGAGUUGGAACUCAUGAUUGAAGCAGGCAUCCCGUUAGAAGACGUUCUUGAGGCGUGCUUUAUCGGAGGUUGGGAAGCCUGUGGAAAAGACAAAUGCGGGUAUCGCUUUGGCUGGUUCGAGAAAGGAAACAGAGCAGAUAUAAUCGCGCUAGAUACAGAUCCUCGGGAUGAUCCGAAGGCGUUGCGUAAGGUCAAUUUCGUUAUGAAGGAUGGGCGGGUUUGGAAGAAAGAGGGUGCUGCGGUUAACAUGGCUCUCGAACAUACGUGGACGAAUCCAUAG